UUUGAUAAUGAAGUGGUUUCUUUACCCAGCUCCUCCUGUCUGUAGCAUGUAUGUUUUCCAAACUAGAUGUAGCACCUUAAAAGAAAAAAAGGUUAACUUUGUGGAUGAGGGAACUGAGUGAAACUAUUUUUAACACUCAUUAUGCAAACGAUAUAUGAGAUCAUUCAGCUGUUUUCAGGCAUGCAGAUUUAUUUAAAUGAGCAGGUAGAUCUUAACUGUUGGGUGGUGGGAUUGAGAUCAGUGUAGCUAAAGAUGAGCUGAAGCAAACGGGUGACUCACAGCAGGAACUCAUCUGCUAUUUCAAGUACGUGUGAUGUAAGAAAUAGUAAAGAGAAAACAUGUUUUUUCAGAAACGGUUAUAAAUAACUUCAUGAAGUUAAAACUUUUGACCUCUGUGCAGCUCCCACUCUUUCCUUCUCCCUGAACUAUCUGAACAGUUGUUUUCCAGUAACUAGAACUACUGCGGGUCAGCUGAAUUAAUUGGGUGUCUGCUUUGCAAAUGCUCCUCAAGUGGAAGAUGGGAAGAAACAGCUUUAGUGUGUUGUGGAUAAGAGAUCAUGCAUGUGGAGUUACUUUGCCACAGAUGUUCAAACUCUGCCAUUCAAUGCUAUAGAUGCCCAAGGUCUUAUUUUGGUUGUUUUUGUUUCUUUCACUUUUUAUGUUUCUAAUGAAGUUGAAGGCCCAAGUGCUGUAUUUCAAACUACAGGCUGGGUUCUAACAGUAAUCAGUAGUCAUAAUUAACUUCUUCUGGUGAAAGCAAUGAAGUAAUUGGGGAUGGAAUCGUUUAAAAUCGUAAGACUGCUUUCAACUUUCCAAGAAGUUUCAGCAAUAAUUUUCUCUAUUUUCUUUGGGGUCUGUCUUUAAGGCAAACCCUGAGAUAAAUACCUGCAGGAGAUUGUGGUACUUUCUGAGCUUUUCUUCAGCCAAAAUGGCAACUCUCUUUUGCCACAUCAAUACAAUGACAGCUCUCUUUUUUUCCUUUUAAAACUUUGCUUUUGAUUAAAAAAAAACAAAGCAAAAAACCAAUAAUUCAACUGUAGCUGCAGUGAAGGCAGUGGGUGAUGUAUGCCUUGUAUGGGAGCUGCAUUUCAGAUUGUGUAGGAUAUGACUCACUGACUUCAAAGUGAGGCUAUGGAUGUUGUCUCUUCUAAUUAGCCGACUCGUGAUGAUGAGGUCUUUCUUAACCUCAAAAAAAGAAAAGAAAAAACAAAACCUCUGAUGUUGCUGUUGGAUGUGAUGAUGAUACUUGAAGUAUUCUAUUCCUGUGAAAUGUUAAUGUAUGAAGUGAAUUGGAUUAUAAAUGCGUUACAAAACUCAGUAGGAUAAAGGUAAUGUUGGAUGUUAAGAAGAGUGAACAAAAUGCUGCUUUAAAACAACAAGCUGGUUCUUUUAUAACACCAAGUGAGCUCGGGGAUAAGUGCAGUUGUUUGAAACAAGGAAGGCAAGUGUGUUGUCAGUGAGCAAAAAGGGGAAGUUUUGAUUAUUCAGAGGGAGGAAAAACAAAGCUAAACUCUGUUGUUGCAGGGCAGUCCCAGGAUACUGCUGUUAAUGGUCAGCACAAUGUCUGUAAAAGCUGCCUGCAGUGUCCUGUCUCCCCAGAAGCAGGAGCAGCAGAGAGGAAGUGUGUUCUUGUCCAGUCAUAAAUCUGCACGCACAGGUUGCCCUUUCUUCCUCUUCCAUCCUUUCCCAGCAGAUAUGAUGCUGGUGUAGCUCUGCCACUUGGCUGCAUUUAUUUGUUAGUUCUAAAAAGUCAUUCCUUGCAACUUAAUUUGUCUGUAUAAAAGGCAGAUCAUUUGUUUCAGCAGAGAACGUGAAUUUCCUAUGGAUCACAUUUGAUCACAGCUGCAGUUCUAGUCCGAAUGAUAUUAAAAGACUCCAUGUCCUCACUCAGGGCAACCCAGAGUGGCCAGAAAAACCAUUUUUUAAGUAACACAUUUCUCCUAAUGACCACUGUUGCCACCCAGCUUCUCAGAUGGCUUCUGUGCUGUGUGUUACUUGGUAUGGUAAAAGCUCAGAAUCAUGCUGAACUUCUAAGAGCUGAGUGAUGAGAGGCUGAAGCUGUGUUUAGUCUACACCUGUGAAGUGGAAGCUUCCAGUAUUCCUGCUGUAAAGGAUAUCACGUUUGUUUAAAGUAGCAAAGUUAGAAGCAGAAUUUAGGAUUAGAUGCUGGUUUAAUAAUUCCUAAGACCCUCUUACAUUGCUGAAUGAUUUCUGUUUACUGGUCUGCUACACUUAUGUAAUCUCUUCUGGGUGUGGGAACCCAUCUUGAGGCAAUGGAUUAUUGGUGGUGACAGCUUGGUGGUACUAACAGUUUAACCUGCUAUAAGCAAGUAGAUCUGGGGGGAAAAAAAGAGAAGUAGAUUUCUGAAGUGCUGCUGAGUAUUUUAACCUUAUAGUCAAACCACAGUCAGCAAGCAUUCAGCUGCAUGCGUUCUCAGCAGCAGCAGCUUCAGUGACUAACAGACUAACCACAGGAAAGGCAAUCCUGAUCAAACCAAAGGGCAUCAUCCUGUUUGAAGCUGACGUGCUAGUACUGAGAAGUAAAACCAGCAGUUUAUGAAAACGAUAGUUUAUUUUGAAUGUAGGUGUGUAAAGAGUGAAUAAGAGCAUUCCUCAUCCUCAGCCACGAUGUCUUCUCAUUACUUCCUGGACUGGAUCCUUCUGAUCUGGCUUGCAGGCCCUACAGUGUCAGGACUGCUGGUGAGGGGAGAGGUUGGUCAGAACAUCACCAUGCCCUGCUUUUACACGGUUAGGACAGAACAUGACAUCACCUCAGUGUGCUGGGGCCGUGAUGCCUGCCCCCCUUCCAAAUGUUCUCGCCCCAUUAUCUGGACAGAUGGGAGGAAGGUGACAGAGGGGUACCACGCAAAGUAUGUGCUGAAAGGGAACCUGCUGAAGGGCGACGUGUCCCUCACCAUCCUGAAUGCCCAGGAAACAGACAGUGGGACGUAUUGCUGCCGUGUGGAGAUCCCAGGGUGGUUCAACGACAAGACAACCAACCUCCAGGUGGUGGUUGAGAGAGCUAGGGUCUCUACUGCAACUCCUCUCACUCACACCUCUCCACCGACCUCAGCUCCUGGGAGUGCCAGUGAAGCGUCCUUUACUGUCAGAACGUGGCCACCAGUUUCUCUUUCAGAAGCUCCUGAGACUGCCUCUGGUUCCUACUCAAGCAUCUCAGACUACCCAGAAGUAACCUCCAGCCUGCAGAAUUCAUCCAUAUCAACUCACAGUCAGCAGUAUUCAGAAAAGAGUGUUUACCUCAGAACUGGAUUGUGCGUGGGGUUUCUGCUCAUCCUCGGUUUGGGUCUGUUCCUAGGUAGACGAUAUUUACGCAAUAUGAAGAAACUGAGUAAGUUUGCAAGCCUUGUUUUUACUCAUGUGUGCAGCUCUGUUGCAUUUUGGAGACCAGAACGUGCUGGGAACCAAAGUGCCUUGGAAGUUGAGAUCCACGCAGAGGAAAACAUUUACACAAUACACUAAGGACUGUAUGCAUGCUUUCCUUUGUCAUCUCUGGGACUUUAAAUAUUUUCCAAAAUGUUAGCUGCUCCCUCUGCUCUGCAGCUAAGUGUGCCUGGACUACUAAAGCAUCACUCAUAUUAUUCUAAUAAAGCAAAUAAAAGCUACAAUGCUAAUUAAAAACUUU